AUGGCUGUCAAGGACCCCUUCACGUACUUCUUCGCCGGCACAUUAGGCUUCGGCACGGUUGAGACCUACCGUGUACAAGCGCCGUCCUAUGUCAUUGCGUACAUUGUCACGCUUGUUGUGUCUUGCUCAUCUGGCCGCAUCCUAGAGCACUGCUGGCACAUUGUCGGGUCCAUCUCCAUCACCCUAGUCGGCGCUGUCAUCAUGAUCUCGACCCUGAAUGUCGGUACGCGAUACUUCUCCCUGAUUCUGGUAUGCUCGGGCCCCUUUUUUUACCUCAACACCCAGCUUUCCUGGGAGACUACGGUCGCCCCUCGCCCUCGCCCCAAGCGUGCCGCGCUCAUCGCCAUUGCCGACUGUGUCUCUAUCAUCUCGCAUUUGUUCAGCCCGUACUUCUUACGCUCACAAAAGCCUAGGCAUCAGCUUGGCGGUGGUAUCGUCAUUGUUGGCUGUGUAUUUACUAUCGCUUUCUGUAUUCUGGCCGGAUUCUGGUGCAUGCGCAAAAACAAAGCAGUUGAUCGUGGGGAGGAGCGCACUGGCGAGGUCACAACGCGGCGCUACGAGACCUAG